AUGGAGUAUUGCCUACUGGAUCUCGGUGUGCGUCAUGUGCAGAUAAACGAUGACGAAUCUCUUCAGCAGUCGCCCACAGCAUCACCGCCUCGGCCGCCGGAUGCAUUCCUGUACGAACGUGAAUACUAUGCUCCUAUCGAUCGGAAAGUCGACGUAAAAUCGAUCGUUAAAUCGAUCCGGCGUGUGCCGGAGUACACUCUACGCGAGCGGACAGAUGCUUUCGAUAGUUCAAUCAUCACUCUGGGCGUGUUUAUGCGAAUACGACAGCCGAACGAAGAAAUCAACCAUCGAUGCAAUGGUGCCCGUCAGCAGCUGUGUGCCCUUUUGUUUAGCGAAAUCGAACACAGCACCCCUAUCGAGCACGAGUUGGCCACCGAAUCCGCACCGAGCGAGCCCAACUCGUCCAUCUCGGUCACACAAUUCUACCACCAGCUGCGGUUGCGCCACCAAGCGGUGGCCACUAGUGAACCGGAACCGGCGAAACCCACUCCCCACUUGCGGCCCGAACUGCGCCCCUACCAGCUGCAGGCACUCCGGUGGAUGAUAGGCCGCGAAACGGAAACCAUCACACUGCCCGCACAGUACGUGCGCCUUCGAAGUGCCUUCAUUCCGGAGGUGGAUUUUUACCGCGAUCUUUACAGCUACGAAGUGUUCGAUGCCCAACCGCCACCGAUACCCAUUCCGCCCGGGGGCAUACUGGCGGACGAGAUGGGUCUAGGCAAGACGGUGGAGAUUCUGGCGUUGCUACUGGCAAAUCCCCGGAAGCGCGAUGACGCCAGCGCGUUCGCUUCAUCAACCGCACCGAGAUUUCCGUCAUUCAAAGGUAAAAAAUGCGAACUGAAGUGUCUCUGUAUGAACACGCGGCGCAAUAACACCAUUGGCUGCCGGAAGUGUGGCCGCCUACAGCAUCGGUCCUGCGUGCUGCGUCAUCGCAAUAAGCAGGCCGACGAUCGGGAAUACCUAUGUCCGGAGUGUUGGCGCACAGAACCGCCGGUAGAGUCCGGUGCGACGAUCAUCGUGUCCCCGGUAUCGAUCAAACACCAAUGGGCUAGCGAGAUUGCGAAGCAUAUCAACAAAUCAGACUUCAGUGUGUUUCUCUACAACGGCGUCUCGGGACCGAGCGGGUGGAUCAGUCCGGCCGAUCUCGCCACAUACGAUGUGGUGCUGACGGAUUACAAUGUGCUGAAGCCGGAAAUUUACUUCACCGAGGUUAACAAGCGGCAGUCACGGCACGAAAAACGAUUCCUCAGUCCCAGUACACCGCUCACGAUGGUCCGCUGGUGGCGCGUCUGUCUGGACGAAGCGCAGAUGGUCGAGGAGGUGCACAACAAUGCGACCAAAAUGGUGAAAGCCCUGCCAGCCGUCCACCGCUGGACCGUGACGGGUACGCCGAUCGAGAAGACGAUCAACAAUCUGUACGGCCUGGUGCACUAUCUCGACUACGCACCAUACAGCGAUCACUCGAUCUGGCGCCAGUACAGUCAUCAGUUCGCGACUGGCAACCCCAGACCACUGUUGACGAUGAUGGCCCGUAUCAUGUGGCGCACCUGUAAGGCGGCGGUCCUGGAGCAACUAGGAAUACCACCGCAAACGGAACGCGUGCACUACAUCACCAUGUCCUCGCUGCAGGCGUUCUUCUAUCGCACCGAGCAUACCCUCUGUGCGUGCGCCUUUCGCCAGAAGGCCCACAAGCUCGGAGCUUCCGAUCAGUCGAUGGCGAAGCUAAACAUCCACACGCUAAACCUUCUGAUGGAACCGUUGCGGAAGCUGCGCCAGGAUUGUACCAUCCCCUCGGUGCUGCACGUUGGCGGUGGGGCGUUGCAGGGCAAGAAACUGCUGACGCCGACGGAGCUGCACGAGCAUCUGGUCACGUGCAACGUCAACGAUUGCAAAUCGCAGCUCCGUACGAUCGUUUCCACGCUCAACGGGUUGGCAGCGUUGCACGUGCUCCAGCACGAACCGGAACAAGCGCUCCGUCUUUAUCUGAGCACCCUCCGGUGGGCCGACGACUACACGGGAGCGAUCAGUGUUGACUCGUUGCUGCAGAUACACGCCCUCCAUAAUUUGAUCGAGUUGACGAAGAGCAACGCGCCAACCGGGGCUCCCUCCGCUGACCAGCUCCGUGAGUAUGGAGAACGCUGUGCACGACUCGAGUGGCGCUACAUCGAACAGUACGCCAGCAAGAUACGCACGGUGGAAACGGAUCUUCGGCCGGCCGUCGAAAAAGUGGACGAAAUGGAAGGACAAGACGGAUCGCCACCGCCCCAGUACUGCAGCUGGUGGCUCGAACUGUUCCACUACUUCAAAGCGAAUCCGCAACGGGGCAUACCGGCCUUCCAGCGGAUCACCGUCCAACCGGAAGCCAUAAACUUGCAGCUGCGUUCGUGGCGUGGACUGGCCCUUAUCCUGACGAACUGGUGGGAUCGAAUAAUCGAACGGCGCUCUGCGCUCAAGGCAGCUUUCGCCAAGCUCGAGUUUUUCGUCGAGAACCUCAAACCGAACCAUGAAUUGACAUCCGGCGUACGGGUCCGCAUUGAGCGCCUCGUUUCGACAGCUUUCGCCUGUCACCUCGAUCCCGCUCUUCAGACUGAUGGCGAUGAGACGGAGAUGGACAUGACCGACAGAGGGCCACCAGCACCACGAUGCUUGCUCUGCACGGUAAAGGACACGGUGCAGGCGCUCGAGGCGGUCCUGUUCGCGAAUUUGAAUUUGCAGGCCGCCACCGGUGGUCUCUACCAGAUGACGAAGGAGGAAACGUUGCUGAAACAUUUGCAAACGCUUGUCAAACGGGAGCAUGGUGAAGAAUCGAUCGUAGCCGCAAGUGACACAGGAAUGGCGUACCUUGAGCGGAUUAAAACCGAAAUGAAAGAGUACUCCAGGUACUGGGUCGAGAUCAACUACACGGUGGCCGCGUACGAUGAGUUAAAAAUGUGCAAGUCGCGCCUCCAGCUCAUCAGCGAUGAAGAGUACCGUGAGUUGGAACAGGCCAAAAAGAAGCCAAGUGUCAUGCAGCUGUUGGCGUGCGAAAUACCGGAGCAGAUGCGCGAUCUGCAGAUCACCAAGGGCGAAGCGGAACGAUCGUUCAUGCGCCUCCAGGGCACCAGGAAGUAUCUGGAGCAUCUGAGCGCCAGGCGAGAGAUUGAUCCUUGCCCGAUCUGCCAAACGGUUCCAGACACUCGGUACGCCGUGCUGCAGUGUGGCCACCACGUUUGCAGCGUCUGCACGGUGAAAGUGCUGGAUAUGGCCCGGGCUACUGGCGGUAUGACAUCAUGCGGUAUCUGUCGACAUCGGCAGAGCAUCAAACACAUCCACUACGUGACACUGACGCCGGACACGCAGCAGUAUGUGCGGGGAAACUAUUCCAACAAAAUACUGAAGAUCAUCGAAACCGUGCUCGAGCUGCGGGCCGCCGAACCGGACGUUAAGAUAGUGAUCUUCUCGUACUGGCAACCGAUCCUGGUACACUUGGGGGGUGCGCUGAAUAAAAACGAAAUCACCUACCGGCAGAAGUCGACCAAGUUCUAUACCAUCGUCGACGAGUUCAAGGACUACACGAAGGGCGUGACGUGUCUGCUGCUGCCACUGCAGUACGGCUCGAAGGGACUCAAUUUGACCGAAGCGACACACGUGUUUCUCGUCGAACCGAUACUCAAUCCGGGCGAGGAGCUGCAAGCGAUCGGACGCGUCCAUCGUAUCGGUCAGACGCGGCCAACGGUCGUGCAUCGGUUCAUCGUGCGCGACACGAUCGAGGAAACGAUCCACGAAACCAUCCAGGCGGAUCGGACCGGCCGAUGGUUGGCGAAAGAUGUGACGAUUCGGCAGCUCGAACAGCUGUUCUCUCUUGACGACGAUCAGAACGCAAUGAUCGUACUGUAA